AUGAAGACCACAUUCGCUGCUAUUGCCGGUUUGGCAUUUGUUGCCUCUGCUCAGGUUACAGCUCUCAUCACCCCGACCGAUUCUGCUCCAUUGGGAUGUGCCACUAGCUAUUCUGGUAAUUUCGGAAUCUCUGCUGUUAAGGUUGGCAAUGUAGCAAAGCGUCAGCAAAAGCGUGCCGACGAUUCAUCCUCCCUUGCCAUCACACUCAAUGGAGGUAUUCUCAAAGAUCAGCAGGACAGAACAGGAUAUAUUGCAUCGAAUUAUCAGUUCCAAUUCGAUGGACCUCCACAAACAGGAGCUAUCUACACAGGAGGCUGGUCCGUUUGUUCAAAUGGUUCUCUCGCUCUUGGUGGUUCCGCUUUGUUCUACGAAUGCUUGUCGGGAACUUUCUACAACCUUUACACCGAGUCUCAAGGUGAACAAUGCUCCCAAAUCUUGAUCCAAACAUCUGCAAAAUCCGCAGGUGGAUCUGGCGCCGUUGGUCAAUCUUCUGAUGGUCAAGCCACGGCCACCGCUGUCGCAACACUUUCCUCUGCGGCAGUUUCACAGAUUUCAGAUGGUCAACCACAAGCUGCAAUUCCUGCUGCUCCCAUAACCCAGAUUAGCGAUGGACAAGUUCAAGGCGCUCCAUCUUCUAUCAACAACUCCGUCUCCUACGCUACUGUUGGUGCACCGAUCACACAAAUCUCUGAUGGACAAGUUCAAGGUGCUACUUCCAUACCCGCUGCCGGUGCUCCAAUCACCCAGAUUAGCGAUGGACAAGUUCAAGGCGCUACAUCUUCUAUUGAAGCUUCCGUCUCCUACGCUACUGUUGGUGCACCAAUCACACAAAUCUCUGAUGGCCAAGUUCAAGGUGCUACUUCCAUACCCGCUGCCAGUGCUCCAACCACCCAAAUUAUCGACGGUCAAGUUCAAGGCGCCACUUCAGUCGCUGCAUCUGCUACCGGUGCUCCGAUCAGCCAGAUCUCCGAUGGACAAAUCCAAGGUGCUACAUACACUGCUUCCGGUUCAUCAGCCGUUGUCUCCCAAAUUUCGAGUAGCCCACUUCAAGCGACUUACCCCGUCACACUUGCAACCACCGCUUCUUCUGUUGCAGGUGCAGUCAUCUCUCAAAUCAGCGAUGGACAGAUUCAGGCUGCUACUGUAACCAAUGGUACCGUCGCCAGCGCAACAGCUACUCCAGCUACAUUUACUGGUGCAGCCAACAAUAUCCAAGUUGGCCGCUAUUUGGCUGCUGCUGCUGUAGGUCUCGUCGCUGCUCUCUUGUAG